GACGAAACGAGGUGGCAACGUGAGUGCCCGUAGAAGGGAGUUGGCUGCGUUGAGUGAAGCAGGAACCACUCAUUGCCACAAGAGCUUGAUGCAGAAAUAUUCGUGUCGGCAUUCGGCGCCCUGUGUGUGUUCGCGGUCACUGUUUUUAUUAUUGCCAACAAAAUGAUUGUUUUCUCUUGGAACCAGUUUUACUGUCAAGCUUGGGUUCUGUUUUUCGUAAGUUUUUCUGUGUUGAUUCUUUGGAUCUCUAGUUUCGCUUCGGAGGUUGCUAAGCAUUCUUCUAUACAAAACUACCAAGACUGUCACAGUACGAAGUUCGACAAGUAUUGUGUUCUAAAGGAAAAUCGUUUAGCAAGAGCGUCAUCUCUUUUGACUCCUCUCGUUAUUGAAUUUUGCAUUAUGAGUUUGUUCGCUCUUGCCGAGCUAUGGCAGGAAAUGGCUCGUCGUGAUACGAAAAAUCAGGAUAAAAGAGACAAUACUGAAGACAGACAUGUACCUACCACUUCGGCACUAGCUUCACAUGUGCCUCACAGUCAAGCAAUUCAACCAGGAAGCAACAUACGCGAGGACAGACAUUCAUCUGCUCUGGAAGUACUUUUAAAAGAUUCUGGCGGUCGAAGAGUGUUUCCUUGUUUGGUAUUUUUUUCUUUUUGGGCGAUUUUGGUUACAGUUUCUCUUUUUACUGAGCUAAACAACAUUAGCGAAGCUGCUUAUUUUAUUACAGGAGAGCCAACAGAAAGUUCGGUAAACGAACUGCCGUAUCAUCAUCUCUACUCUGAAGAGUUAUCUGCUAACGUCAGCAACAAAGUAAAGUGUGAAAGUGACGAGAAAAUAUUGAAAAAAUGUGACAACGAGAGUACUAUUAAUUCAAGUGUCGACAGCAAUAUUUUAGACGAGUGCAAUAUGCACAAUAAACUUGAAACCUACUAUAAAACGACAAUAUCCAUUAAUCUAGCUUGUGCAGCAGUUUUCGGUGUGCUUUUAUGGAAGUUAUGUAGAGGAAACCUUGUCAAAGAUCCUGAUCAUUCAUUUAGUGUCAGUGAUUUUAUCAUCAUCACAACAUGCAGUGCCGUCAUUGGCUAUUUGGCCUUGUGUAGUGCAGGAGGUAUCUACUGUCUACUCGAUCGCAGUGUGUGCGGUUGUUUGCUACAAGAAUAUUAUGUUUUGCAACUCGUCGAUAAUGCCACAGACUUGCUUCAAUUCAUUUUGCAAGGAGUUACUCUCUUGCUUGUAGAGCGUUAUCGAUUUCAUCGUUACGUCAGAGAUAAAGAUGAAGAAUGCUGCAAAAUUCCUUGCAAAGUUCUUCCCGGUUUGUUUCUUUUUCUCUUUGCUGUAAACUCUCUCAGGUGGGGUGCGGACUCUUUCUACGAGAUGAAGUCCGAGAAUGAUGCAGGAUUCUUUCAGACUCAGUACACGCUCUAUGGCAAAAGCAAAUGGCAUCUAUUCACUCAAGCGUCUUAUCCUUUGGCAGUAUUUUUUAGAUUUCAUAGCGCUGCUGUUUUUCUAAAAGCAUUUUAUCAUACUUGGCUGGAUUGACUGCAUGGAUAGGACAACUGUGGGUUGGUGAUAUAUAUGAUCACACAAUUGCUGAAUUGAUGUUUGCUGUAUUUAGCAGUAUUUGCAUAGUUGAUAAGUGGUUAAUAUCUUAUUACGUUCAUAGAUAUUCAAAAUCA